UUACAAUCCAUUCCCCUCCUUCCGAUUCUCCUUGUGUCGGCCUUGCCCAGCUUACCUAACGACGUAUUGGUUGUCCCUCUACUCCGAGAUCAACCCAGAUUCGUCCUCCGCAGUCCUCCAACCAACGUCUUCAGACUCAAGCGAUGCCGCAGCACCGACGGAACAACCUCCUCAGCAGCCGCAGACGUCUUGACGAAGAGGGCGAGGAGGAAGGUUCCGUUAUUACCGAACAUAUUGAUGACUCUGCGAGCGAAGCCUCCGUUCCCAGUGAUGUCGAUCAAGAUGCGGAAGCAGAUGAUAGCGAUCUGAGUGACUCUCAAGGCGCUGAAAAACCAUCGAAGUCACGAUCUCCGAAGAAACAAAACGGUGUCACCAAAACGCCGAAGCCCUCGAAACAAUCGGAUGGUGCAGUUAAGCCUGCACCGGACGUUGGGGAUGGUCCGAAGUUUGGUCAAACGGCGGAUAUGGAGGCCAUGAUGAACGGGCUCAGCGUUUCUGAGAAUCCUAGACCGGAAGAAGCCGCUGAAUUUCAUGGCCCCUCGAUGGGAUCGGCGGCUUCAACGGUGCGGGUAUCCGAACCUCAAGCGUUGAGUGGACGGCAAGAGUCGGUGGCAGAGAGAAGGAGACGGGAACAGGAGGACUACAACUCAAAGAAGGCCAGUGAUCCGGCCUUUAUACCAAACCGAGGUACAUUCUUUAUGCAUGAUCAUCGGUCAGUUGCAGGCCAUGCGGGAUUCAGACCCUAUGGUCGAGGCCGGGGAAGGGGGCGUAUCGGAGGGCCAUUCUCACCAGCAAAUUUCGGCGCCCAAUCCUCCAACCCAACCGAUUCUCCUUGGACUCACGACCUCCACGAAACUCUCCAACAGCCAGCUCCCAAACCACAACCUACGCAACACCAUCCUCCCUACCAACUCGCUCCUGCAGAGACUGCAGCGCAGCCACCCACCGCCGUCACCAGCAUCCCGAAAGCUCCUUCUACUCCCGUCAAUCGCACCUUCUCACAAACCGUUCAGAUUGGGAACGUCCAAGUACGAGUGUUCCUUUCUGGAAUGAAUGCACCCAUCGUUUUCUCUGGCGUUCCUGUCAAAUCCCACACUAGACUUCCCAAUCAUCGACCACCACUACGACGGGACAAACCCGUUAGAAUAUCAUUGCCCGAUCAUCCACCCCGAUAUAUCUUCCCGUCGACCGAUCGAUCCUUUAUAUUCAUUCCUCGAGCAUUGCGGCCAAACCAACAAGGAUUUGGAAGAGGCCGUGGCAGAGGGCCUGUUGGACCGUUCGGAGGGUAUUCUAGCAGACGGACAAGUGCCUAUGGUGGAAGCGUUUAUUCACCUAGCAUUGCUAUGAGCAGAAGAUCGUCACUUGCCCGUGAAAUCGGUCGAGAAAGUAUCGGCUCGCCGACGGGCUCUGUGCUCUCGAGGCCUGGUGUUCCAGGAUACAAUAAUAAUCGGCCCGUCGUGCGACUCCCGGGCUCACAGCAGCAUACACCCACGAUGUCCGGAGCGGGAACACCCGUCAUCGGAAUGCCACCUCCACCCCCAUACCCGCUGCCGCAGAAACCACAGCGUGAGAAUUGGCAAGCUCCGAUCACCAUGCACCAACCUCGUCCACAGAAGACCGUAUCCGUUGCUGGAAUCGAGUCACCUGCUUCGGUAUCCGGAGCAAUGCAACAUGUUGCCCAACAAGAGCAGUUCGCUUUCCAUCACCAAGUUCCCGGGCACGUCAACGGCGCUCCACCCAACCUCAACCAGCCCGACCUCUCCGGACAAUAUUACCACCCGCUCGUCCGCCAACACUCCUAUCCAAACAGCCAACAAUCUGCCAGCGGCACUCCUCUCUCCAACAUUCCCGAGCGUGCCAUCCACGCUCCCGCCUUCCAACCCUACCCACAAACUUUCCAACCGCCCUAUGCCAACCCCCCCGGCUACUACUAUCCCCCGCAACCCCAAAACCAAUACACCGCCGCCCUCCCAAGCGGCGCCGUCAUCGCUCCCAUGUUCGUCCCGAACGGCCAGGCUGGCACCAUCGUCGUCCCGACCAUCACCACCGCACCCCCACAAGUCGCUCAGGGCGCCAACCCACCCCACAACGGUCAAGCCGGUUUAUCGUCCAGCGACCCCACCGCUCUCCAGGCCGCCCAGGGCAACUUGGUGGCGCAGGAGGCGAACGGGAUGGUGUACUAUUACGAUCCGAACCAGUACUACCAGCCGAUGGAAGGCGGCGAGGCAUAUCCAUCGCCGGCGCAGAUGCCGGCGCAGAUGCCGGCGCAGAUGGGCCAGUAUAGCGGCGGAUACACCAUGCCUGGGAUGGGAGGGAUGAUGACUCCGAGUCCGGAUGGGUAUUACUACCCGCAGAUGGCUGGAAUGUCCGGAUAUUAUCCACAGCAGUAAUAUCGGACGUUCUGGGGAUAUCUUUCGCGUGGCUCUCCGAUUCAUGAGUCUUGUCUUGCAUGCGUGGGCUGUUAUGGGAUUGAGUUCUUGCGGCUGGGUUUACGGGAUGCACGUCA